ACUUACUCUCAUGGGAGCCAAGAAUAUGAGGAAAUUUUGGGUUUUCUUGAUGAUGGUCAUGUGGUGCUGGGCUUCAAUGGCUGAAGCAGAGUAUAUGCCAUACAAAGAUCCGAAACAACCGCUAGGUGCUCGAAUAAAUGACUUAAUGAAGAGGAUGACACUUGAGGAAAAGAUUGGCCAAAUGACUCAAAUCGAAAGAUCAGUUGCAUCCAAUGAGGUUAUAAAGAAGUAUCUGAUAGGGAGUGUGUUGAGUGGAGGAGGAAGUGUUCCAUCUAAAGAGGCAACUCCUGAGACAUGGGUUGAUAUGGUUAAUGAUUUCCAAAAGGGUUCGUUAUCAACACGUUUAGGGAUACCGUUGAUUUAUGGGAUUGAUGCUGUCCAUGGCCAUAAUAAUGUUUAUAAAGCUACAAUCUUUCCUCAUAAUGUUGGUCUUGGAGUUACCAGGGAUCCUGUUCUAGUAAAGAAGAUUGGGGCUGCUACAGCACUUGAAGUUAGAGCCACCGGCAUACAAUAUGCUUUUGCACCUUGUAUUGCAGUAUGUAGAGAUCCCAGAUGGGGUCGUUGUUUUGAAAGCUACAGUGAAGAUCCCAAAAUCGUUAGACAAAUGACUGAGAUCAUACCAGGUUUACAAGGAGAAAUCCCUUCUGGUUCGGAAAAGGGUGCUCCUUUCGUCCAAGGGCAACAAAAGGUUGCAGCCUGUGCUAAGCACUAUGUGGGAGAUGGAGGAACUCACCUAGGCACAAAUGAAGGCAACACAAUAAUAGACAGUAAAAGAUUCUACAGCAUACAUAUGCCAGCAUACAAUGAUUCAAUCAUUAAGGGUGUGGCUACUAUUAUGACCUCCUACUCUAGCUGGAAUGGGGUUAAAAUGCAUGCUAACCGUAAUCUUGUUGCUGACUACCUCAAGAACAAGCUCAAUUUCAAAGGAUUUGUGAUAUCAGAUUGGCAGGGUAUUGACAGGAUCACCACUCCUGCACAUGCUAAUUACACCUUCUCCAUACUAGCUGGAAUGAAUGCUGGCAUUGACAUGUUCAUGGUCCCAUUAAAAUACACAGAGUUUAUCGAUGGUUUGACACACCUGGUAGAACAUAAGUUUAUACCCAUGAGCCGAGUUGAUGAUGCAGUUGAGCGGAUUCUAAGGGUGAAGUUUACAAUGGGUCUGUUUGAAACCCCAUUGGCUGAUUACAGCAUGGCCAAGUACUUGGGAUGUCAGGAACACAGAGAUCUAGCCAGGGAAGCAGUGAGGAAAACACUUGUGUUACUGAAGAAUGGUAAACCUUCAAUGCAGCCAUUACUACCACUUCCUAAGAAGACAUCAAAGAUACUAGUUGCAGGAUCCCAUGCUAACAAUAUUGGCUAUCAAUGUGGCGGGUGGACAAUUGAGUGGCAAGGACUUUCAGGCAACGUCACUGCUGGUACUACCAUCCUCUCUGCUGUGGAAAGUACUGUUGAUCCAAACACUCAAGUAGUCUACAACGAGAAUCCCAACAAAGAUUUUCUCAAAUCAAACACAUUCGACUAUGCUAUAGUGGUGGUAGGAGAACCCCCAUAUGCGGAGACUUUUGGAGAUAACUCAAAUCUAACAAUUCCAGAGCCAGGCCUAAGCACUAUCAAAGAUGUAUGCAGCUCAGUAAAAUGUGUGGUGGUCUUAAUCACAGGUCGGCCAGUGGUGGUGCAGCCAUUUGUUGACACAAUAGAUGCCCUUGUGGCUGCUUGGCUUCCAGGAACAGAAGGCCAAGGUGUCACAGAUGUUCUCUUUGGUGACUAUGGUUUCACAGGAAAGCUUGCUCGUACUUGGUUCAAGUCCGUUGACCAGCUACCAAUGAAUGUUGGAGAUGCACACUAUGACCCAUUAUACCCAUUUGGGUUUGGACUGACUACAGCACCCACCAAAACUAUAUAAAUGUAAUCUUAUUCUUUUCCAUAAUUCGGUUUUAAUUGAACAUGAAAAUCUUGUUAGAGUGAUGAGAUUUUGAUUAUUUCAAGGG